GCGGAUGGACUUGUCAGUGUAGUUAUGGAACCCCCUUUAAGCAAGAGGAAUCCGGCGCUAAGAUUAGCGGAUUUGGCAGCGACUCAACCCCUUCCUCAUCAGAAUAUGACAGGCUUCCCGGGGCUAGGGGGGCAUCACCCUCUCUCCCACCAUGCCCACCUCCACCCUGGGGAGCUGGGCAACGACCCCGGAGUGGCACUCACUCCAUUUGGACCCGAGCACAUGGCACAGACAAAUGCUCUCAAACUUAGCCCAUCUCAGCACAUUCAGAGCCAUCCCGAAGCCCAGACCGCGGCAUCUUUCACUUCUGCUCAGACCACAGUUGGUUUCCCCGUGGCUCACCCCCACUCAGGCUACUCAAGCAGCAGGGACUUCAUCCUCAGGAGAGAACUCUCAGCCUCUGCUAUGCAUGCACUUGGCGACCAGCAUAGUUCCGCCUCCUCCCCUCAUCACCAUGGCAUGUUCAUCUCCCCAACAGGUGCUUAUGGGCACACGGAAAGUGGGGCCCAUUCACUUUUCACUGGACUUCACGACCAGGCGUCCCCAGGUGCCCAUCACCAUGCCCUCAAUGGGCAGAUGCGCCUGGGUAUACCGGGGGACAUCUACGGCAGGCCGGAGCACUUCGGGCACAGGCCGGAGCACUAUGGACCCUCUUCUCUCCACAGCUACAACUCCAUGAACCUCAAUGUGAACAUCGCUUCUGCUCCUCACGGAGCGGCGGGGGCGUUUUUAAGAUACAUGCGGCAGCCCAUCAAGCAAGAGCUCAUCUGCAAGUGGAUUGACCAGGAGCAAAAUCAAAAGAAGCCCUGCUCGAAAACUUACAGCACCAUGCACGAGCUGGUCAACCACGUCACGGUGGAGCACGUCGGGGGACCGGAGCAGAGCAACCACGUCUGUUUCUGGGAGGAAUGUCCGCGGGAAGGAAAGGCUUUCAAAGCGAAGUACAAACUGAUAAACCACAUCCGAGUUCACACGGGAGAGAAGCCCUUCCCGUGCCCGUUCCCCGGCUGCGGGAAAGUGUUCGCCCGCUCGGAGAAUUUAAAGAUUCACAAGAGGACUCACACAGGAGAGAAACCCUUCAAGUGCGAGUUCGACGGCUGCGACAGAAAAUUCGCCAACAGCAGCGACCGGAAGAAGCACUCCCACGUGCACACCAGCGACAAGCCUUACUACUGCAAAGUCCGCGGCUGCGACAAGUCCUACACGCACCCGAGCUCUCUGCGGAAGCACAUGAAGGUGCACUGCAAGUCCCCGCCGCCCCCCUCCACCAACGUCACCUACAUUUCCUCCACGAACCCUCUCGGGGACCCUCUGUCGCCCGGCUCCGAGCCGCACAGGAACCGCUCCGCGAACCUCUCCCCUCAGGUCACCAACCUCAACGAGUGGUACGUGUGCCAGGGGAGCGGGGGGCCCAACCACCUCCACACCCCCUCCAGCGACGUGCCAACGUCAGAUUCGGACGACGAGGACUCUUUCAGAAAUUCAGACCCAAGGACAAUGCUCUGA